GUGCGUCCACCGAGCCGUUAAAGUUCAACCGGAACCAACGGAAACCGUGUUUGACGUCACAAAGACCGUCCGACGGUGCGCUGUCCGUUAAAGUGAACGAAGGCUCCGGUUAAACGCGGUAAAUAACCCGUUUAACGGCGUCCCAGCGCCGCCGAUGAACCAAUAAAUCCAUGAAACGAGUGAAUCGAUCGUGUUUUAUCGAUCCGCUGUCGCGCUUUGUGAAAAUCUCCCUUUGAUUUGAACGUUUAGCGCGUUUCUGUUAACCGGGAACGGGCAUGCGCAGUAGGCAGCGGCAGGACUGCGGAUAUAAGGAUUGGCGCCGGCGCCACAGCUGAUGCAUUCAUUCAUUCAUUCACCACCGAGGAGAGGAGCCAUAAAAACAUUCGACACAAUGUCCAGACGCAGCGGUCGCAUCACUUUGCAAACCAGAGACUCGAACACACCUGAGCUGACCGUCAGAGCCCCGCUGAAGAGGAGGAAGUCAGAGCAGCCGUCCAAGAAGAAACUACAACCUGCUACCAAGAAACAAAGCUAUGAAAUACAGUGUUGGUCGGAGGACGGAGCGAGUCCGUGCGUCCUCAUCGAAACCCCCCACAAAGAGCUGGAGCCUUCAGAUCCAUCCAGCUUCAAGCAGUUCAGGUUCAAGAACCUCUUCAUCAAAGCCUCCCCCAUUCCUCGCCUCAGCUGGGCCAGUUCGGACGACGUGUGGAUCAAGAUGCUCAACAAGGAGCUGAAGUACGUCCACGACAAGAGUUACCUGCAGCGGCACCCCAAACUGCAGCCCAAGAUGAGGGCGAUUCUGUUGGACUGGCUGCUCGAGGUGAGCGAGGUGUACAGCCUCCACCGGCAGACGGCCUACCUCGCUCAGGACUACUUCGACCGCUUCAUGCUGACGGAGGACAACGUGGGCAAAGAAUGCCUGCAGCUCCUGGGGAUCACGGCGCUCUUCAUCGCCUCAAAGAUAGAGGAAAUAUACCCUCCCAAACUGUUCGAGUUCGCCUACGUCACCGACGGCGCCUGCGACAUCUGGGACAUCCAGAGCACUGAGCUUCACAUGCUGAAGGCGUUGGACUGGAAUCUGUGUCCGGAGACGCCGAUCUCCUGGUUGAAGCUGUACGCGCAGGUCGAAGCUCAGACGGGCGAUGAGAACUUCCUAGUGCCGCAGUUCUCGCCGGAAACAUACAUCCAGAUCACGCAGCUGUUGGACCUGUGUAUGAUGGACUCCUGCUCGUUGGACUACAGUUACAGCGUUCUCGCCGCGGCCGCCUUCUGUCACUUCUCCACGUUCGACGUCGUUCAUAAAGUCUCAGGCCUGACGUGGGACAGCGUGGCUCCUUGCGUUCGGUGGAUGACUCCCUUCAUGGACACGCUGCAGUCUGAAGCCGCGCCGCAACUCAAGAACUUCCCCAAAGUCAAAUCUGACGACAGACACAACAUCCAGACGCACGUGGGUUAUCUGGACCUGCUGAGAAAAGCUCAGAAGCGUCAGAUGAACCAACCCGACUGUCAGCUGUCGCCCGUCCCCGUGGGAUCGUUCCUGACUCCGCCCAGCAGCGCAGAGAAACCAGCCAAUCCCUGAGCGAGCACCGCUACCUCUCUCUCUCUCCGCAGUUUAACCUGAAGUGAUAGCCGACCCCUCGCAGAGCGGCACGCCGUUGUAGGGAAGACGUUUUAUUUUUUUAAACACUAAGUCUUUUUUAUAUUUUUUGGUUUUCUAAAACUGCGACUGGAGAUUCAGGAGCUGCAGUUCUUCGGCACAUAACCAAACUUUUUUUUUUUUAAUAUAAUUUUUAUAUGUUAAUUAGUUUGAAUUGAGCCAGCAGGUACGAGACGUCUUACCUGCAGUAGCAACUGAGUCCACUGAUGUGAAGUGGGGACGCUGGCAGGGAACCAAACCUCCUUUUUUAAAUUUUAAAGAAAUAAACAGUUUUUUUGUUUUGAGAGGAAACUGAACAUUUUGUACCUGUGAGGUUUUCUGGGAGUUUUACUGGUGCUUCAGUCGGAUUCUCAGGAACAUGGAAGUGAGUUUCUCAUUUCAACCUUUAAAUAUUUAAUUCUGCUCUAAACUGGGGUAAUUAAAGUGUUUUAAUUGUCACCCCCGGUCUAAUCCCAUUAGAUAGUGUAUGAACUCAUUAUCUUCAUGAGCCAGAGGAACAGUCAGACACCUGAUUGACUGUAACAUCCUGAAACCUGGGGUUGUCUUUGAAUGCACCUGAUGUGUUUGUGGCUCAAUAAUCCUUUUUCUUUAUUGUAGUUGCAACCUGGUUGCACGUUCUUGUUACAUUCCUGGAAAACUUGACUUUCAUAGGAAACUGCCUACAAUUGUGCAGAGUUUUCAUUUUCAGUGCUUGUAUUUAUUGAUUAAAACAAACAGUCUGUUCAUAUGUAAAAACAAACAAAUGAGCUCAGUUUGAUCACUGCCAAAGGUAAAAGCUAUUUAUGAUUUAGCUCUGUCACCUGUUGUGCUAGCCUGUCCUUUCUUAGUGCCUUUUGAAAUGAAAAUGAACUGUACGGCUACUUUAAGGCAGAAGGAGCCGUUGAAAUCGAACAAAAACCUGUGACUGUACAGAGUGAGGAGCUCUGCAGUGAACAAACAACCAUGUAAACUGUAUGUAGAUGUUGAAUGUAUGUUUUUGUAAAUAGGAUAAUUCAGAAAUGUGUAAUCUUUUUAUAUGGCAAUGUUUUGAAUAAAGUGAAAUGAGAAGUGA